GUCUCCAAUGCGGAGAUGUGGAGAACUAUACGUCCAUCUCGUUUCAAAAACUGCUCGGUGGUGCAAGUAAACAGACUUGUCGGUCCGGUAGACUGUGCUUUCGACUUUAAAAUCGUUAAAAAUCUAUCCGUAGGAAAGACGAUUCCUUCUCAGCAACUAUUUCCUCUCGCGGUGCUUUUAUCAUGAACGAGCUCUGAAUUAUUUGCUCGUUUUCAACCCAACUACGUGAACUGCAGAAGGUACUCGACAGAACUGCUGACAUGAUAGAUUCACAGGAUGUCAGUGAACAGGAGCUAGAAGUGUUGAGAGGCGACGCCGUGGGUGAUAAUCUCUGCAGUAGCAAGUGGAUAAUCAACACUCUGAUGUCUCUGUGCGAGGUCGACAAGCGCGGCUGGACGGAAGAGCUGGAAGAUCAGCUGUGUACCCUGUGGGAUUUGAGUAUGGAAGGCGAAGUGGCGUCGCAUCUCAUGUCGUACGAUUUUCCCAAGAUAGCGAAGGACACGCUGGUGGUUUCGAGCGAGCCGCGAUUGACCGAAAUGAUGUUGGGUAUCAUUGGCAAUGUGUGCUGCAACGACGAGGCCGUCGACAAGAUAGGCCGCGAUCGAGAGCUGGUCGCGCAGAUCCUGAGCCACUUGGCGUCCGGCGACUCGCUGAUUCUGAUUCAGCUUAUCAGGAUCUUGCAGAUAGUCGCGUGGAAGAUCCGGCAGGAUCACCAAUCGCAUUGGGUGGCUCAUCUGACGGAAUGCGAGUUUUUCGGGGACUCUAUAACGUUUAUGCUAAAGAGUUCGACUAAUGACGACUUGUUAAUAGGCGCGAUAAAGCUGCUGGAAUCUAUAUCCGAGAUAGGUCCACUGAAUGAGAGCAGUUUCUUGGAGAAACUGUGCAAAAUAGACGACCUGAUUCCUGCGCUGUUGGAAUCGUUCACGCAGGUGAUUUCGACGAGAAAGACGAGCGGGCACAUCGAGUGGACGUUCGCCCAGCACUGGCUGGCGGUGCUGAUCGCCGUAAUAGAGUCCGGCUCGCUUAAAUUCGACGACUACGAGACCGACGAGCGGUUUUCGAAGCUGAUGGAGAUUAUGUACAGGAUAUUGAAGCCGUACAGGCAGUCGUACAAUUUGUAUCCCCUACAGCGGCUAAGCGCCAGCAUGAUUUACGACGCUGCGCGCGUACUCUUAGGUUUCCAUCGUUGCGACGUGAACGUCCCGACGAGAAUAGAUCGCAUUAUCGCGACUAUAAUUUUCUUCCUUAAGGUUAAAACUGUUUCAGAAUCGGGCUCGGAAACCGAGGUGGAUCCCGAGGGGCUGAGAGCCGAGCUUUUAGAUUACCUGAGUAAAUACUGGUCGCAGAUAAUCGGGUUCUGUACCAGCGAACAGAUCGCGGAAAUAUUGUGCGAACGCGAGGUUCGCGAAUGUCUGAUAAAUCUUAUGCAAUCUGAUCCUGAAGUGACACCCGAGGCGCUUGACAAAGUGAAGAAAGCUGCUGUAGAAAAAUCUUAAGAUGUUAAAAUACAUUUAUCUUAUAAGUUAUAAUAUUAUAAGUUAUAAAUGCAAAUAAUUUCUUUAUUUUUGUACGAAAGUAUCUGGACGUGUACAGUUAAUAGUUACAAAACGUUAAGUAACGUUACGUAUAAAUUGCAGCUGAUGUGGACUGUAAACUGAUGUAAAUAUAUUGCAAACUAUACA